CCAGCCCUAGCAUAGGUAGGGCCCUAUCACCAGCGCAAGGCCGAAAUCCUUCCUCGUCCUCCUUCCCCACGAUGGCCGCCGCCGCCGCCAUGGCCGCGGCCGCCUCCUCGCGGUCCUUCCUGCGCCCGCACCGUUGCCUCCUCCUCCCCCACACCCACCCGCUUCGCCGCCGCCUCUCCACCAACGCCACUGCCUCCGCUCCCACCUCCACCGCUGCGUCGGCCGGCGUCGUGGACGUGCUCAUGAAGCGAGGGCUCGUCGAGGCCACCACCUCGGAGGCGCUCGCCGCAGCGCGGCCCGGGGAGCUCAAGGUUUACUGCGGCUUCGACCCCACCGCCGAGAGCCUGCAUCUCGGCAACCUCCUCGGCCUGGUCGCGCUCUCCUGGUUCCGCCGAUGCGGCCACACCGCCGUCGCGCUCAUCGGUGGCGCCACGGGCCGCGUCGGCGACCCCUCGGGGAAGAGUUCCGAGCGCCCCGAGCUGGACAUCGCUGCCGUCGAAGCCAACUCCGACGCCAUUAAGUCCCUUGUCGCCCAGAUCCUCGGCCGCGUUCCCGAGCCUGCCCACCAUUCCCACAGCGGUCAAAAAGAGCAGCCUUCGGCCAUUUCAGCGGAUUCAUCACAGAGAAUGGGUUCUUUCGUGAUCCUGGACAACUACGACUGGUGGAAGGAAAUCACGCUGCUGGAUUUCCUGAGAGAGGUGGGCCGUUUUGCACGCGUGGGUUCAAUGAUUGCCAAGGAGAGCGUCAAGAAGCGUCUCGCGUCAGAGGACGGCAUGAGCUACACCGAGUUCACCUACCAGCUGCUGCAGGGCUACGACUUCCUCUAUAUGUUCAAGAAUAUGGGUGUCAAUGUGCAGAUUGGGGGCAGCGAUCAGUGGGGGAACAUCACAGCGGGAACUGAGUUGAUCAGAAAGAUCUUGCAGGUUGAGGGGGCGCACGGACUCACGUUCCCGCUCCUGCUGAAGAGUGACGGGACUAAGUUUGGGAAGACAGAGGAUGGGGCAAUUUGGCUCUCUUCGAAGAUGCUUUCUCCUUACAAGUUCUACCAGUACUUCUUUGCUGUGCCAGACAUCGAUGUCAUCAGGUUUAUGAAGAUCCUGACGUUCCUGAGCUUGGAUGAGAUUGAAGAGCUAGAAGACUCGAUGAAGAAGCCUGGCUAUGUGCCAAACACUGUUCAGAAGAGGCUUGCAGAAGAGGUUACACGAUUUGUUCAUGGCGAGGAGGGACUGGAGGAGGCAUUGAAGGCAACCGAGGCCUUGAGACCUGGCGCUCAAACACAAUUGGAUGCACAAACAAUUGAGGGGAUAGCAGAUGAUGUGCCUUCAUGCUCUUUAGCUUACGAUCAAGUGUUCAAGUCUCCACUUGUUGAUUUGGCUGUUUCCACAGGUUUGCUCACUAGUAAGUCGGCGGUCAAGCGGCUUAUUAAGCAAGGUGGUCUGUACCUGAAUAACGUUAGGAUUGAUAGUGAGGAUAAGCUGGUUGAGGAUGGUGAUAUAGUUGAUGGGAAGGUGCUCUUGUUGUCUGCUGGAAAGAAGAACAAGAUGGUUGUGAGGAUAUCUUGACUACUCUUAUUUGUUCUUUAUAUCUAAUUUUAGACAUUGAGAAGAAAAGUAACAGUGUUGAGUCUACGAGCAUACCGAUUGUUAUAUUGGAGAGGUUGAACAUACAUUCUUUUUGCUCUGCUCAUCUUGUUCAUGAGAACUUUUUGUGUGCUAUCUAUCGGCUUUGAGAAUGGCAUCUGUUUUCUGAUAUCAUGUUAUAGUAUCAAUCCUUUAGAGGAUUCUUUGACCAUCAUCAAUAUCAUAUCAGAUUACAUCA